AAAAUCAUCUUUCUAAAUCCCUAGUUAGGGGACCCCCUUUGUCCUGGGGCGUCGCAGUUUUGCGGUAUCAUAAACUAACGCGCAGUUAUUUUGUAACAAAUAUUGUAACAUAAACGUGUGAGAAACAUUUAAAAAUUACUCGUAUACAAUGUUUUUUCAAAUUCAAGAUUUACAAGGACCCGUAAAUCAAUUUACCGAAUUACAAAUUGUAGGUAAUUUCAGUAUUGACGGUGACAAAAGUUAUUCCAAUGAUUUAUCAAAAUUAAAGUAUUACAAGGAACCUCAGGAUCCGAAAAAUGUUUAUUUUAAUCUUGAUGACAAUAAACAUACGAUAUAUAAAACUGAUGAGAACAUGAAAAUUGAUUUUAUGUUACAAUGGUUGUCUGAAAAUUUCAAUCAACUAAAAUUACAAAACUCGAAUAACGAAAACGGUAGAUGGUUAGAACCGGAAAUUAUUUGUUACCGAGGUGUACUAACAACGUUACUUAGCACGCCAUAUGAUACUGAAGAAGGGUGGAUUAUAUGCGCUGCAAAAUUUAAAGGUUCUAUAUAUUUAUGCAGUUUUGAUACUGAUGCAAAAAAACAAAGAACAUCAAGUCAAAGUGCUUAUCAAAAUAAAUGCACUGCAUGGGGGUACAAAUUUGAGCAGUAUCUAUUAACAGAUAAACCUUCUGGAAUGCCAGACUUAUCUGUACCAUUAAACCAGAAUGAAGAAUUCUAUUGUGUUUUUAAAGCUGUAUUUGGUAAUACUACUUUACUUUAUGGUGCAGAAGUUGAUGGCAUUUCCUCUGAGCAUGAAAUAAAGGACACACUAGUAGGAAAAAAUGUUGAACUUAUAGAAUUAAAAACUUUAAGUUUUGCAGCAUUUACUCGCCGUGGUGAAAUAAAACAUGAAAGAGCCACCAGAAUAUUAAAAUGGUGGCUCCAAAGUCAUAUAGUUGGUAUAAAAAGGAUUAUAUGUGGUUGCAGGAAUUAUACUGGUAUUGUAUAUAAAAUAAAAAAAUUCACAUUGGAUAGAUUAAAAAUCAAAUUCAAGAAUCAUUGGAGUUUUGAAACAUGUUCAAGUUUUUGUUCUGCAUUUUUUGAACACAUGAAAGCGGUUGUUUCUCAAGAAUGUGAUAAACGUAUUUAUCAAUUUACAUAUUGUCCAAAUGAGAGUAGAAUUAAAGUUCAAGAAUUGAUACCUUCAAAAAAGUUAGAAUAUAUGUUUCUACAUGAUUCAUACAUUACUGAAGCAAACCAACACCUUUUGGGAACUCAGUGAUUAAAUAAAAACAAAGUAUCAUUAUGUUGAAUUUACAAAACAAAUAAUAAUGAUAAUAAUAUUUAGCAUUAUAUUUUACACAUUUUGUUAGGUGUGUCUUAGAUGACUGUGCUAUAAAUCUUGCUUAGAAACUUUACUUCUGGGUAGGAGUAUUUACAUCAACAAAGGACUUACAUAGUUUUAAGAGUUUUGACCCCAGAUUUGUUUUAUUGCAGACAUUUCUUUGUGAGACAUAGGUUUUAACAUUAAGCCUGGAACAGGUGGAUUAAGUUCUAAGUCUCGUAAUUCAUUUACUUUAAUUUUUAAAUCACUUCUUAACUUGUUGAUUUCAAUGUCACAU